AUGGCAUCUCGAAACCAGUUCGACGGGUUUUCUCCGCCUCGCUCAAAUCUCCAGAGAUUCAUCUUCAAUGCAUGCGAUCCCAUAGCCAAUCUCGAACCUAAUCUGGCCUUGAACCUCGAGGUUGUCGAUCUCAUAAACUCCAAAAAGGGCAAUGCGCCGCGUGAGGCCGCCGUCACGAUCGUCCAACUCAUCAAUCAUCGAAAUCCCAACGUCUCCCUCCUUGCCUUGUCUCUACUUGACAACUGUGUCAAGAAUUGUGGUUACCCAUUCCACCUACAGAUAAGCACAAAAGAGUUCCUUAAUGAACUCGUCCGUCGCUUUCCUGAACGCCCCCCUAUUCGGCCGUCUCGUGUACAGGGUAAAAUACUGGAAGCCAUUGAGGAAUGGCGACAAACCAUAUGCCAAACCUCUCGAUACAAAGAUGAUUUAGGAUUUAUAAGGGACAUGCAUCGACUGUUACUUUACAAAGGUUACAUGUUUCCAGAGGUGCGGCAAGAAGAUGCUGCUGUGCUAAAUCCGAGUGAUAAUUUACAGUCUGCAGAAGAAAUGGAGGAAGAAGACCGCGCUGCACAAUCUGCAAAAUUACAAGAAUUGAUCCGGCGAGGACGUCCACAAGAUCUGCAGGAAGCCAAUAAGUUGAUGAAAGUCAUGGCUGGCUACGACACAAGGCACAAGACAGACUACCGGGCGAAAGCAGCAGAGGAAGUCUCCAAAGUGCAACAAAAGGCCAAGAUUCUUGAAGAGAUGCUUCAAAAUCAUCGGCCAGGCGACAAGAUUGGUGAUGGAGAUGUCUUUGAGGAACUCGCUGCAGCAUUAUCCAGUGCACAUCCCAAAAUCCAGAAGAUGUGUGAAGAAGAGUCCGAGGACGCUGAGGCAGUGGCGAAAUUGCUCGAAAUCAACGACAGUAUUCAUCGCACGAUUGAACGAUAUAGACUGAUGAAAGCCGGGAAUAUCGAGGCAGCAAACAAGAUUGAAAAGGGGACCUUGGGUAGGACAACGGGGGUGGGCAAAAAUGCUGCCAAUGAACUUUCGUUGAUUGAUUUUGACCCGGAGCCAUCUGCAUCAGCCGAGUCGUCAAACACCAACGGCUCGCUCUUGGAUGGCACCGUAGGAGCAUCGUCAGCCCCAGCAAAACCAACAACAGUGGAGGAUGACUUACUCGGUUUGUCACUGGGCGAAACAGGCUCAAUCUCACUUGGACCUAGCACGACGUUUGCUAGUGUCCCACCGCUAGGAUUUACCAACAGCCCCCAAUUCCCUCCAGCUUACAGCCAAACGCCGGCCGCUCAAGCAUCUCCGAAACCCAACUACGAUGUCUUCGCGUCCCUCUCUAGUGCUCUGCCUCCUUCCAAACCAGCUACACCAGUACCAACGGCACAACAAGCACGGCCGCCAGCCCAGUCUGCUCUAGAUCCGUUUGCAGCGCUGGUCUCGGCCGGAUCUCGUCCAUCAACACCUCGGGCAUCCACACCAAGUCAAGUACGUCCUCAAGCAGCAGUUACCGCACCACAAGCGACAGGGUCGACAACGGCGGAUGAUGAAUGGCUUUUUGAAUCCGCGCUGCCUCCAUCGACUGUGGUCGUAGUACAUUCUUCAGAUAUCAAGAUCGAGUUUGAACCGCGGAGAAUACCAGGACAGUCAAUAAUACAGAUGACAGCAUAUUUCUCCAAUACGACACAUCAACGAAUUACAGCAUUGCACUUUCAGGUGGCCGUGGAGAAAAGCUACACGCUCCAACUCAAACCUCAGAGUGGUAGGGAGCUAGCACCCAAAUCUGAGCGGCUGUUGCGACAAGAAAUCCUACUAAACGGAAUACCAGAAGGGAAAGGUAAUGUUGUGAAAAUGCGGUUCAAGGUAGCAUAUGAAAUCAAUGGCCACGCAAAAGAAGAACAAGGGACCGUACCGCCAUUGGGGAUCAACUGA